AGCGGGUGGGUUGUGCUGUCGGACACGCGCCUUGACAUUGCGGUCGCAUAUCUUGGGGUAUAAAAAUAAAAGUGUAAAAAGCCGCUUAAAAAUAAAAUCUGGACGAAUAAAAUGGCAGCCCAAACUAUACUUUUCGACUUCACGUUGGACACCCUAAAGACUGCCGAUGCCAAGCAGAGGCAGGAAGUUGUGAAAAUCGUGCGUAAUGAGCUGGAGCACGUUUUUCCCCAACUCGAAUUGGCCUAUCAACUAUCUAUGGAAGAUGGCUAUUUUGCUGUCCUGGAGGAGAAUAAGGAUACCAUUAUAACUUGCCGCAUCUUUCAACAGGGCUUGCUAACUAUCAAUGUGGAAUAUUAUCUGGCCGAUGGCAAGGAGCCUUUAAUGUCCUUUGAUACCAUGCGCACAAUGGAAUUAAUUUUGCGUCAAAAAUUAGAUUCCGAUCGAUCCAAAUAUUUGCCGCCAAUUAAGCGCGGAGGAUAUAUUGAUAUAUACAUGACUAGCUCAGAUGAGCGCAUUAUUGAAUACGAUAUUGAUUCGUUGGUCUAUGAAGCGCGCUCGCCCUUUCAGAAGAUACAAAUCAUGCACUCGAAAACCCUUGGCAAUAUGCUAAUUUUGGAUGAAUUGCAAAACAUUGCCGAAUCCGAUUUAAUCUAUACGGAGACUUUGAUGGGUCGCGGGAUUGAGAACUACGAGGGCAAGGAGAUCUGCAUUCUGGGAGGGGGCGACGGAGCGCUGCUCUACGAACUGCUCAAAGAGAAGCCCAAGCAUGUAGUUAUGCUGGAAAUCGAUGAGUUGGUCAUGCAGGCCUGCAAUAAAUAUCUGAACUCGAUUUGUGGCGAUGUGCUGGAGAAACGCAAGACCGAUCAGUACGAGAUUGUUGUUGGGGAUUGUGUAGAGUAUAUGAAAAAGUUUAUUGCCGAGGGCCGCAAGUUCGAUUAUGUAUUUGGCGAUCUAACUGAUAUACCCAUUUCUGGGGCACCAAUUGGCGAAUGUUGGGACUUUAUACGCACCAUAUUGGAGCAUUCGUUUAUGUUGCUCAAGCCGGAUGGCAAAUACUUGACUCAUGGCAAUGGCACAACUUGCUUGGAAUCGCUGGAACUAUUCGAGGAGCAGCUACGCCUACUAAAGCCCAAAGUAAAGUUUACAACGUCGAAGGCGUUUGUGCCGUCGUUCAUGGAAGAAUGGCUUUUCUAUCAAGUGACCUUCGCUUGACCAGCUCAAGAUGAUGAGGCGACAGAGCGACGACUACGCAGAGGACAACAACAGCAAAAAUCGAAAAUAAUCAGAACAACAACAAAAGCAGAAAAGUGUCUUCAUAUUGCUACUUCUUCCGGUACACAACAGCAAGAUCGCACACCACCCGCACCCCAACACAAUGAGGAGCUUCAACUUGAAGUACAGGAGCCACUUAAAUUGCACUGCUAUACUGUGAUGUUGCAUGCAGCAAAACAACAACAACAACAGCAAGAACGGCGACGUCAGAGACGCGUACACUACCAUCAUCAUGCGCUUGUUUCUUAGUGGAGGGCAGGACUAAGAUGACGACAAUACGGACACCAUCACCACCAUCAUCACCCCAAAAACACACUUCUAAUGGCUGUUAAUUGCGUCUUCAGCAAAUCAAACCAAAUAUUUAGCUUCAAUUCAUUUAAUUUAAGUUAGCACUUAGUUGUUCCCGUUUUUCUCUGUCUGUUGAUUUCGCAAUAUGUCCUCAUCACUUUGCCGAAAAAAGAAAAAGAUAACUUAAGUCGAAAGUGAAAAAAUAUCAGACAAGGUAUUAGAUUACCAGUUUUUAUUUUAAGCUAAGUUGUUGGACUUAGGCGAACUGGAAUUAAACUGUUAUGUAACUUCAUUUUACUUAAAUUAUGUCUAAUCAUAAAACGUUUACAAAUUAUUAUGUGUAGUAAUUAUGUUUAGUUUUUUUUCCAUUUAGAAUGUGCUCGCUCGCCGCGUACGUGUAGAGAUGAACGUGUGGGAGGAACGUAGCAGGCAGCAAUAUCAUAUGCAUUAGUAUAUGCAAUUACGAGUAUAUGCAAAUUACCGCAAAAAUGUCACUUGAUAUGUUUUAAAAAUAAAUAAUAGUCGUACGCAAAA